CACCCAGAGUUCUGCUUCUCACCCUGCCUGCACUUCCUGCCCGCGUCACCUGGUGCCCCCACCUGAAGAGCCCUCGGCAUCAUGGGAGAAAUUGAUCAGCUGCGGAAGGAGGCAGAGAGCCUGAAGGAUCAGAUAACCGCCGUCCGUAAAACAUUCGCCGACACCACGCUAGAAGAGACCGUGUCCGGGACAGUUCCAGUGAACCGUGUGCAGCUCAAGACCAGGAAGACGCUCAGAGGGCACUUAGCCAAGAUCUACGCCAUGCACUGGUGCAUGGAUACCAAGCUGUGUGUUAGCGCAUCACAGGAUGGCAAACUGAUAGUUUGGGACACCAUAACCACCAACAAGGUCAGUGCCAUCCCCCUCAAGUCAUCAUGGGUAAUGACGUGUGCGUACGCUCCAUCUGGGAACUUGGUGGCAUGUGGCGGCCUGGACAACAUGUGCUCCAUCUACAACCUCAAGGGCAAGGACGGCAAUGUCAAGGUCAUGCGCGAGUUAGCAUCACACACAGGCUACCUCUCCUGCUGUCGUUUCGUAAGUGACAGUGAGAUCAUCACCAGCUCUGGCGACUGCACAUGCAUCUUGUGGGACAUAGAGACAGGAACGGAGAAGACCACCUUUGCAGGCCACCUGGGAGACUGCAUGUCUCUCGGCAUGGCUCCAGACUUCAAGACCUUCAUCUCAGGGGCCUGCGACUACACAGCCAAACACUGGGACAUUCGAGAUGGAAACUGUACCCACACCUUCAGUGGACAUGAGAGUGACGUCAAUGCCAUUGGGUUCUUCCCCAAUGGUAACGCCAUCCUCACUGGUUCGGAUGACGCCACCUGUAGGCUGUACGACCUGAGGUCUGACCAGGAGCUGAUCACCUACCAGGACUCCAGCAUCAUGUGCGGCGUCACCUCUCUAGCGCCAUCUCUGUCUGGGAGGAUCAUCCUCGCCGGCUAUGACGACUUCAACGUCAACAUCUGGGACUCGCUGAAGGCGGAGAGAGUCGGUACGCUGGCAGGCCACGACAACAGGGUGAGCUGCAAUGGAGUGUCAUCCGAUGGAAUGGCCUUCUGCACAGGAUCCUGGGACAGCUUCCUGAAGAUAUGGAACUGAAGAACCUCCAAACACUCAAGAAAGAGACCAUAACAACACAUGCUGGACGCAGCAGUUAGAUGAUGACAAUUAGGGUGGGGUUGGGGGAAUGAGAUUAGAAGAGAUAGUUAGAAAAAUGCUGAUUUAAAAUGGUCCGUAAAAGAGUGAGUUCUGCUGUGCCAAGUCCUACUAAAGGCAGGACAUAGGGGGAAAGUAAAAGUGGAGUUCAAACAUCUUUUCUCCUUUGCACCUGGAAGAGUGAGUUGUCAUGGAGACACAUUACGCAGCAAACACAAGCUUUGGGCCGGCUUUAUAUUUGCUGGUGAAUUUGUUGUCAAUGCUGUUGAUUUCUGAAGGAAUUUGGUAGGAUUUAGAAAGACUUUCAAAAGGUAGUUCCAACCCUCGUCAUGCUUCACAAACACUAGGCAUACUCCCUGUAGCACAUACUAGUGCUUUAACAGGGGCUGUCAAAUCGUUAAGCAACUUUUGUGGAAGAAACUUACAAAUGCACUCAUGUAGUUUCACACAGAAAUGAUCACUUUUCUAUUCAGUGCAAUGUUUGGGAGCAGUGUGUGUAGCUGUUGCACGAUUGAAGCAACAUUGUUAUAGGUUUUCCUCAUUAAAAUGUAGUGGCUAGAGUAGUUUUCCUUUCACUUUGUAGAAUAGAUCGAAUUGUAUGAACCCCCUGUCCACAUGCAUAUACACACACUAAUAAAAGUGGUCACCACUCAGACAGGUCAAGCUUGGUAAGAACAAAGACGAUGUUGGCAAAUUUAGUGAACUAGUGUAGAAUACGUGGAUUUGCUUCAUUUUACUGACCAUUAAAAUAUCCAGUUUAUAGAAUCACCCUCACAUGUGAUUAGAAUAUUUCUGCAUACUUUGACAUUUAAAUUCCAGGACAAGCAUUUCAGUUUUCAAUACUCCACCACAAUGCAUCAAACUGCUUGAAUUAACCGUCAAGAGAAUACUUUUAGUUAAAGUCUUAUUCACUUGGUUUGUCAUCUCAUACUCACAUUUGCCUGGACUUUCAAUGGCCUUCUUUAAAACAUGUUUCAUUCAUAAAAGCAUGUGUG